AGAAGCUGUACGGAUGACUUAGUGGCUUUGCCUAACAGAUGCAGAGGUGACAGCGUCUCAAAUGUUUCCCUGCUGUCCUACAUCUCGCCUGACGCGUCUUCUUCUCGUGAAUCAAGGCUAUGGAUUCCACUGGAUGCAGAGAGAAUCUGAACAUGUGAACUUCUAGAUGGUUGUAUGAUGGGGACAACAUAUCGUCUUGCUUAAAUAAUGACCAACAUCAUCAUCAGCAUCUCAUAGAUCUAUCCAAAGUUGAAUCGCACGCGACAAAAAUAAACAGAGAUGUUGAAGGUAUUGGGAGUUUCGCCCAGUGGUCCUCUGUAAGAGGAGGGUUUAGCAGGGUCGCUAUACGCCCCUUUAAUGCAAGUUUCCAUGGAGGACGGAUCUAUUAGGAGGACAUUACCAUCGGAAGUCCUUCACGGACUCUUCGCAGUGGCUUUUGUAAAAAAUGUGCGGCGUUUGUGUCGCCAAUAACACGGUUAUUUACAAUGAUGGGACCGCGCAGCCAGUCUCAGGCAGAGCCAAUGACUCCGCCACGAUGCUCAUCCUCCGCUGCUGACAGGUUGCCUACGGAGACUGUUCAGAGAAAUAACAGCAGUAAUACUGGUGUUAUUCUGGACAUCUCCACCCUGAAAAUGGCCGAUGUGGACUCUGAGGUUCCUCCUCUACCUCCACGAUACCGCUUUAGAGAUCUGCUGCUCGGAGAUCAGUCAUUUCAGAAUGAUGACAGGGUGCAGGUGGAAUUUUAUGUAAAUGAAAACACAUUCAAGGAGAGGUUGAAGCUCUUUUUCAUCAAAAACCAAAGGUCAAGUCUCAGAAUACGCCUCUUCAACCUCUCCUUGAAGUUGUUAACAUGUCUGCUCUAUAUAAUCAGAGUCUCACUAGAUGAUCCAACUAACCAGGUCACAUGUGCACGGAAACACUGCACAAACAUCACAGAUUCCCUUUGCAGCAAAGCCUGUGCAAACUACACAACAAACCUGACCACAGAUCCCCCACAAAUAAACUGGGAGUUAAUAUUUUGGGUGAAUAGGAGAGUUCCUGUAUGGGCAAUACAGGUGACAGUGGCCUUAAUUAGCUUCUUGCAAGCAAUGCUCCUGGUGUAUCUCAGCUAUAAGGGGAACAUUUGGGAGCAAAUUUUCCAAAUCUCCUUUAUCAUUGAGAUGAUCAAUACAGUGCCAUUUAUAAUUACAAUCUUUUGGCAUCCACUAAGAAACAUAUUUGUUCCUGUGUUUCUUAAUUGCUGGCUUGCCAAAUCAGCGCUGGAGAACAUGAUUAAUGAUCUCCAUCGUGCCAUUCAGCGCACACACUCUGCCAUGUUCAACCAAGUCCUCAUUCUGAUCUGUACACUGCUCUGUCUGGUCUUCACUGGGGCUUGUGGGAUUCAGCAUCUGGAGCGGGCAGGAAAGAGUCUCACCCUCUUCGACUCUUUAUAUUUCUGCAUCGUCACCUUCUCGACUGUUGGUUAUGGAGACGUCACACCCAAAAUCUGGCCCUCUCAGCUACUGGUGGUCAUCAUGAUCUGUGUGGCUCUGGUGGUGCUGCCAUUACAGUUUGAGGAGCUGGCGUAUCUUUGGAUGGAGAGGCAGAAGUCAGGUGGAAACUACAGCAGACACCGUGCUCAGACGGAGAAACAUGUGGUUCUCUGUGUCACUUCACUCAAAAUAGACUUGCUCAUGGAUUUCCUCAAUGAGUUCUAUGCCCACCCGAGACUACAGGAUUAUUAUGUGGUGAUACUCUGUCCCACGGAGAUGGACCUCCAGGUUCGGCGUAUUCUGCAGAUCCCGCUGUGGUCUCAACGGGUCAUCUACCUCCAAGGCUCUGCACUGAAGGACCAAGAUCUGAUGAGGGCCAAGAUGGACGAUGCAGAGGCGUGCUUCAUCCUGAGCAGCAGAAAUGAAGUGGACCGCACCGCAGCCGAUCAUCAAACCAUUCUGCGAGCCUGGGCUGUGAAGGACUUUGCUCCAAACUGUCCUCUAUAUGUCCAGAUUCUUAAACCUGAGAAUAAAUUCCAUGUCAAAUUUGCAGAUCAUGUGGUGUGUGAAGAGGAGUUCAAGUAUGCCAUGCUGGCCCUCAACUGUGUGUGUCCAGCCACCUCUACACUGGUCACACUGCUGGUGCACACGUCUCGUGGACAGGAGGGACAGACUUCUCCAGAACAGUGGCAGAGGACUUAUGGCCGUUGCUCGGGGAAUGAAGUUUACCACAUCCGUUUGAUGGACAGCAAGUUCUUUGGCGAAUAUGACGGGAAGAGUUUCACUUACGCCUCCUUCCAUGCACAUAAAAAGUACGGUGUCUGCCUAAUUGGCACGAAGAGAGAAGAGAACAAGAGCAUACUUCUGAACCCCGGCCCUCGCCACAUCAUGUCCGCCACGGAUACCUGCUACUACAUCAACAUCACUAAGGAGGAGAACUCUGCGUUCAUCUUCAAACAGGAGGAGAAGCACAGCAAAGGGCUGUCGGCCACCGGCGUGUAUGACGCUCCCUCUCGUCUCCCGGUGCAAAGCAUCAUCGCAAGCAUGGGAACUGUGGCCAUUGACCUGCAGAAUCCAGAUCCACCGGCUGACAGCAGUAAACUGGCUCUGCCCACGGAGAACGGAGCUGGGAGUCGGAGACCCAGCAUUGCCCCUGUGCUGGAGAUUGCGGAUUCCUCUGCCAUCCUGCCUUGUGAUCUUCUCAGUGACCCUUCUGAAGAUGAGACCAACCAGUCCGAUGAGGAAGGAGCACCGGCCAUAGAGUGUAUUAAAGGCUACCCUCCAAACUCCCCUUACAUUGGAAGCUCCCCAACUCUUUGCCAUCUUCUGCAACAAAAGGCGCCAUUUUGUUGUUUACGACUUGACAAGGGUUGUCGGCACAAUAGUUUUGAAGAUGCCAAGGCGUAUGGUUUCAAGAACAAGUUGAUUAUCGUUUCGGCUGAGACAGCAGGAAACGGCUUGUACAACUUCAUAGUGCCGCUGCGUGCCUAUUACCGACCCCGGAAGGAGCUGAAUCCCAUUGUGUUGCUGUUGGAUAACCCGCCUGAUAAUCAUUUUCUUGAGGCCAUCUGCUGUUUCCCUAUGGUGUACUACAUGGCUGGAACCAUAGACAAUUUGGAUAACUUACUGCAGUGUGGCAUCAUCUACGCUGAUAACCUGGUGGUGGUGGACAAGGAGAGCACUAUGAGUGCAGAGGAAGACUACAUGGCAGACGCUAAAACCAUAGUCAAUGUGCAAACCAUGUUCAGGUUGUUUCCUAGUCUCAGCAUAAUCACUGAGCUAACCCAUCCUUCUAAUAUGAGAUUCAUGCAGUUUCGUGCCAAAGACUGCUACUCCCUGGCUCUCUCCAAACUUGAAAAGAUAGAGAGAGAUAAAGGCUCUAAUCUGGCAUUCAUGUUCCGCCUCCCAUUCGCCGCAGGCAGAGUGUUCAGUAUUAGUAUGCUGGACACUCUUCUUUACCAGUCUUUUGUGAAGGACUACAUGAUUCUCAUUGCAAGACUUCUGCUGGGUCUAGAUACCACCCCGGGCUCUGGCUACCUGUGUGCUAUGAAGGUAUCGGAAGAGGAUUUAUGGAUCCGGACGUAUGGAAGACUAUUCCAGAAGCUGUGUUCAUCUAGUGCAGAAAUCCCCAUUGGGAUAUACCGCACUGAAUCUCACAUGUUCUCUUCCUCUGAGUCUCAGGUGUCUGUGGAGGACUGUGAGGACCAGAGGGACCGCAGGGAAUCCUGGAAAGAGAAAACCGCCCACAGAAACUCCACAGGGAGCGACCAAUCAGAGCACCCACUCCUCCGGAAGAAGAGCAUGCAGUGGGCGAGACGGCUGAGCAGGAAAAACGCUAAACCACCCAGUCGAGCCGAACGUAUCAAUCAACAGCGCCUGAACCUGUACCGGCGCUCCGAGAGACAGGAGCUGUCAGAGCUGGUGAAGAACCGCAUGAAGCACUUAGGGCUGCCCACUGUGGGAUACGAGGACGUAGCUAAUUUAACCGCAAGUGAUGUGAUGAACCGAGUAAAUCUAGGAUAUUUGCAAGAGGGUACUUACAUGACAAAGGGUACUGCAGUGGCUCAAACAGAUGAAAUGAAUGACAAUCAGAACACGUUGUCGUAUGUGCUGAUAAACCCUCCUCCGGACACCAUUCUAGAACUCAAUGAUAUCGUAUAUAUCAUCCGCUCUGAUCCGCUGGCACACGUCCCUGACAAUAUCCCAGGGACUUCAGCAGGAGCGAAGCUACGGCAAGACUAUGGAGCUGAAACGAGGGACGAGACCCAUCUGUAAGAACCAGAAGAUCUCUUUAACCCUACUUCCCUCCCUCCUUCGCCUUGAGCUGCUACAGUCUGCAUGAAGAGUGUCAGGACACACAACCCUACCAACCUACCAACCACACAGAUACUACCCGUGUGCCAACACACUGACAACCCAAGCUGCCCAACCACACCAAACGGUUUUAACUCUUUUCGAUUCCUCUUUUCUACCACACAGACAUGUAGAAUCUCGUGGCGCAUUUCAGACUUUUCUGCGUGUGACUGGUUAUUACAUUUUUUGUAUUUGAGACUCGGCUCAGUGCGAAUCACUUUGGACCAAACAGGCUGUCCAUGCACUUUGCAUUAAAGGGCAGUAUAUAUAUCAGAAACAGUAAGAGGGCAGCUAAACACAGCAGAAAGAAACAACUAUUACAUCAGUCAGCUGACCUGGGUGGACCAGAACACUGGAUACUGCCCUGUAAUACAUGUGACAGGUUUCAGUGUGAUAUUGAACGGAAUUAGUUUACAUCAGUGCUAUAUAUAUUUUGAACAUCUAUAGCACAUGUAUAGUACACAUAUAUUUGUACAUAUCCAAGUUAGUCACUUAUUCUUUUACAUGCUCAGUGACCUCUUACAGUAGUAUUCACAGUAUUUUGUUGUGAUUUCAUCCUCAAAGCACAGUUUUACAUUUGAAGUUUGAAAAGCUAAUCCCAAGCUGAAGCUUUUACAUUUAACUAAACGCCAUGAUUAUUUACUGUUAAUUACUAAUUUAAUCAUAUCCCAGUUUACAUGGGCCGAGAACAGAACGUAAAGGUUCAUCGCCAUAUUAUUUGCUAUGACAGCAAACAUGAAGAUUCGCAGGAACUGUAAUGCAAAAGCCAACUGUGCUUCAUGUGCAUCAUACAUAUUGCAUUGAUCUUGAUUAGGUGUAAUGGAAGAGAUGCCAAAUGGUAUACUAUAGACACGAUCAGUGUUAAAAAAAAAGGUUUGAUUUUUUUUAUUUUUUCGUAUUUUAUUUAUUUUUUUAUUUCCUCGUUUGUUUAAUUUUUACAACAGCACCUUUAUUUAAAAAAAAAUGUUCAAUUAAUUACUCAGUAUUAUUAUUAUUAUUUGGGCGGGAGGUUGCAAAAUGUACAUUGCUACUGCACAUUUAAGACAAAAAAUUAAGAAUCAACCUGAUUCUGAUUCAAAUCUAUCUAGGCAGACAAGCAGACUUGGAAAAAGUGUACCAAUCAACCUGACAUCAUUUGGAGUUGCCGAUUGUAUUGCACAAAGCUCUGUUGACAGAGCCUUUAAACCCUUUAAACUACAUAAGAAAACUUUUUUUUUAACAUUUGCAUUUCACAAUACAUUUUACAGAAAUGAAACCAAUUUAUGAGUGAUUUAAAAGGUGAAAUAAUGGCUCGAAAUUAUUUAUAUUGUAAUUUUUGGAUUAUAUUAAUAUAUUUAAAAAAAAAAAAUUCUUUGCCCUCUGUAUCAAGACUUGCUUCUGUAUUCCAUUGCCAUUUCUUGCAGAAUAUAUGGAGCUGACAUGUCAAUCUAUCAUGAAAAGCUGCUUUUGUUUUUAAUCUUUCUAUUCUUUCAACAGACAGACAUAUUAAUCUUUCAUUAUU